AUGUCGCCGCUCGUUCUGCUGCUGAUCGGCGGGGCCCUUGCGGCAUCCGUUAGCAGCAGCCCUGUAAUAACCAAGCCAUCACCACGACCGCCUCCGCGACCCUUGGUGUCUCCAUCACCCCCCUCAAUCUGCGCUGAUCAGGAGCCACUGGCGAGCUCCUGCUCCUUCUGGAAAUCUAGCGGCUACUGUAGCCCUGGGUACUUCGCCAGCGACCAGUCGGUAGUGGACUACUGGUGCCGCAAGACGUGUGGAACCUGCGUCUGCUACUACAUUCCUCCCCUUUUUGAAGGGAUCCGCAUCACCGGCCCUGUACUUGCCAUCUCCUAUAUUCUCGGGCAGCAGUGGGUGCUCAACCCACAUUGUAUCAAGUCAUGA